AUGGUUCUGGAUGGGGAAGUGAUCAACAAACUAACUAUUGUUCUCGUACUCUUGCUGAUUCUGAAGUUGCAAAAGGGAAAUCCUGCAACAAUGAGGUUCCAUCUCUUAACCAAAGCUAGAAAGCGAACCGUGUUUUCGUAUCUACUAUCGCGCGCAUUCUCUCACCGGUCCGAACGGCCUUCAUUCGGUAUCUCUUUCGACAUCGACGGUGUCGUUUUGCUCGGAAAUUCCCCUGUCGGUGGUUCUCCCGGAGCGCUGAGAAAAUUAUACGGCGUUGAUGGUAGAUUGAAAAUUCCUUACGUUUUCCUCACCAAUGGUGGUGGUUUUCCUGAAGCAAAAAGAGCUUUAGAACUAAGUCAACUGUUGGGUAUAGAUAUCUCACCUUCGCAGGUUUUACAGGGCCAUUCACCAUUUAAACAAUUGGUCAAGAGAUUUGAGAACGAUCUCAUUGUUGCUGUGGGAAAAGGGGAACCUGCAGCUGUGAUGACUGAAUAUGGUUUUAAAUAUGUUCUUUCAAUUGAUGAAUAUGCCUCCUGCUUUGAAAACAUUGAUCCACUGGCUCCAUACAAGAAAUGGACAACCAAGCUGGCUGUUACACAGAAUUCAAAGUUUAAUGAGAGUGUUCCAAGGAAUGAUGUCUUAUCUAAAAGGGUUCAAGCAGCAUUUGUAGUUAGUGACCCUGUUGACUGGAGCAGGGACAUACAGGUUCUCUGCGACAUCUUAAAAACAGGAGGCCUUCCUGGAAGAAAUGUUGGACCUCAACCACACAUAUAUUUUGCAAAUGAUGACCUUGAAUACCAGACUAAAUUUCCUUCUGAACGUCUGGGCAUGGGAGCUUUCAGGAUUGCAUUAGAAUCCAUCUUCAAUAGGACUCAUCCUCAUUGCUUGGAGUAUACCUGUUUUGGCAAACCACAUACAUCUGUAUUCAAGAAUGCAGAAAUUGUCUUACAGAAACUUGUGGCAUCAAUUUAUGAUGAUUUCUAUGAUAAAAAUGAAGAUAACAUUUCAUCUUUUAAAACACUAUACAUGAUUGGAGAUAAUCCUGCAGUUGAUAUCAGAGGUGCUAGACAGACUGGGCAUCCCUGGUUUUCUAUUCUCACCAGAACUGGAGUUUUCAAGGGGAAGGAAAAUCAUGACAAAUUUUCAGCAGAUCUGGUGGUUGAUACUGUAGAAGAAGCUGUGGACUACAUAUUGGCAAAGGAAAGCGCUUUAUAG